CUCGCUCUCACUUCCACCAGUGCAAGCCGAUCGAGUAGUCCGACAGAUCCUCACCAGCGACAGCGAUCUGCUUCGCUUUGAUUUCUGGCGGGCCUGCACGUCUGAAUCACCAUGUCGACGGUGACCCGUGCCUACCUGGACCAGAGGCUCGCCAUGGCCAAGCGCUGCUCCAGAGAGGCGACGCUCGCCGGAGCCAAGGCGGCGGCCGUCGCCACCGUCGCAUCUGCAGUCCCAACGCUGGCUAGCGUGCGGAUGCUGCCGUGGGCCAAGGCGAACCUGAACCCGACGGGCCAGGCGCUCAUCAUCUGCACGGCGGCCGGGAUGGCCUACUUCGUCGCCGCCGACAAGAAGAUCCUCUCGCUGGCGCGCCGCCACUCGUUCGAGCAGGCGCCCGAACACCUCAGGAACACCUCCUACCAGGGCGCCGCCCGCCCGCACCCGGCCUUCUUCAGGCCUUGAUCGCCCUUCGCUCCGACGGGCUCAGUGUUGUCCCUCUUGAUCGCUGGCACCGUGUCCUCGAUGCCCAGGCUCAGUGUUCUCAAGGGAAAGUGUAAUCGUAUAGUGCUUCGGCCAUUGUGAUGUAACUACCUCCUGCUAUUAUAUUGGUGUUAGUAGCUACCUCCAAAUAAAAAGCAUUGUCAAGUGCAUUGCAUUUCGUGUU